UUCGACUUCUCUAUGGAGCUCACAUAACCCUUUGCUAGGGCAAACAUUGUCGAUAUUUGUCAUUAUAUUAAUACUAAUUUAUUGUAGGUAAAUAAAUAAGUAUCCAGACAGAUUUAUGUAAAAGCGUCUGCAGUUUUACUAAAGAUGGGUAAUACGGUUUCUGCAGCCGAGUACGCUGCUACACAGAUAUUAAAACCCGACGAAAAUGCAAAAGCAAUGCACAAUCAUCAUCAAAGUUUACAAGGAGUCCCUCCACCCGAAUGCCCCAUGCAUCAGAAAACUUUAAUGUCAGGCUGUCCUGUGCAACAAGGACAAUCAGAUGUUAACCCUCUAAAUAUGAUGCCACCUGCAAAUCAGCAACCUUCACCAGGACAACCAUUUCCUCUACCAAAAGAAAGGCAAGUAAGCACAAUUCCUAAAGUCACAGAAGAUGGUUCCGUAGCCUUUUGGGAAUACCCCAGCCAACAAAUGUUUUGGAAUGCAAUGUUACGCAAAGGCUGGAAGUGGGAAAAGGAUGAUAUUAAACAAAAGGAUAUGUCAGACAUCAUUAAAAUUCAUAAUGCUAAUAAUGAGCAAGCAUGGCGUGAAGUAUUAAAAUGGGAAGCUCUGCAUUUCAAAGAAUGUGAAUGUCCCAGAUUAAAAAGUUUUGGUGGAAAAGCCACUGAUUACAGUCCAAGAGCUCGUAUUCGAUCCUGGAUGGGUUAUGAAUUGCCUUUUGAUCGUCAUGACUGGAUUAUUGAUAGAUGCGGCAAAGAAGUCAGAUAUAUUAUAGAUUAUUAUGAUGGAGGCAUUGUUGAUGAUGAAUACAAAUUUGCUAUUUUGGAUGUCAGACCUGCAAUGGAUUCUUUUGAAAAUAUUUGGGACAGAAUGAAAGUUGUGUACAUGCGGUGGACAAUGAAGGACGAGUAGACUAGGAGUUUAAUGGUAGUAAAAUAUCUUGAAU